AUGACUUAUAUUGAGGGGGAGACGCUGAGCGCGGCGUGGAGGACGAUGAGCCAGGAAACACGGCUCGACAUUGCACAUCAACUGGGCAGGCUCCUCAAGAUCAUGCGUGCGCUGCCCCCUCCGCCAAACUUCAUCGGCGCGUUUCAACUCGACGAGUUGCGGGACUACCAGCACAACGACGUCUUUGUCCGCCCGGCUUGCCGCAACGAGGAGGGCCUUGACGAGUACCUUACCGAGGACUAUACAAUCCCUGCCUGCGUGAAGCGCAGGUUCCUGAAAGGCAUCGGGACCAGCCACAAGUUCGUCUUUUCCCACGGCGACCUGGCGCCGAGAAAUAUCAUGGUGCACGACAACCAUAUCGUGGCGUUGAUCGACUGGGAGGCGGCAGGCUGGUACCCUGAGUACUGGGAGUACGUCAAGUUCAUGCACAUCGCGGGCAGAGAUACUGAGUGGAGAAGACUUGUUGAUGUGAUUUUCCCGGAGAAUUAUGAUAACGAGUCUCUACUGUACACGGGGCUGCUUCAUUAUCAGGACUCCUUUGGCAGCUCAAAGAGUCUGAUCUAG